CAAGGAGAUCAUAGAUAAAAUCAAAGGGAAAAGGAAGGUUUAGGAAAAGUGGAAAAAGGGCCUGUACUCUUGGGAGGUGAAUAGGAGUGUUGUAAGGGCUUGCAGAGAAGCAAUGAUGAAGACUAAAGCUCAUCUAGAGCUGAAGCUGGUGAAUGAGAUUAAGGAUAAUAAUAAGAUGACCUUCCUACUCAUUUUAAUUCCUCUUUCCUUUUCCUCUUUUUCUAUGAAAGCAGUUUAGUAACUCAAACCUUAUGUGAUACUUUAAUAAAACGUACAGAUACAAUUGUGAGAAGGCCAACACAUACAGGAGAACCAUUUUGUAGAAAUCUCCUAAAUAAGCUGAUCUUUUAUUUCAUGUAUGUGUGAAUCUUGAGGGCUAUUUUGCAUUAAUCUAAUUGGAGGGAAUGUAAAUCUGGUUGUCUCUGCCACUCUUCAUAGACAGGACGUGACAGCAUUGAAAGAACUACAGACGGAACAUGGCUGGAAAAAGACCUUAGAAAUGAUUCUUUCAGCACAAGAUGACAGGUCAGCCCUCACCUCCAGUGGUAGUGCUGCGGUGCCAGAGACCUCCAUCAGGACUCUGUGAUCAGUCUGUGCUGUUGUGUCACGAGGAACAACUGGUGAGACAGCAGAACCAUCAAAGUAAGGCAGUGCCAGGGUGAGUGCCAGUGCAGGAGUUGAGGUGACUGUCUGCAGCACCCAGGGAAAAGGAGCUGUACAUAGAACAGCAUCUGGUGGAGAUGGCCAACAGCACUGGCAAGGCUGGAGGGCCCCAACAGAAAACCAAGCUCUUAGUCUUCUUGGCUGCAGCAGUUGUGUCUGCUGCUGAGGCUCUGGAGGGCACGUGUUGUCCCUGUGACACUGGGGCCUCCUGGCCUCCGUGCAGCCCUGUAGGGAGGCCAGUAGGUGUAGUACCAUUCUCCCUCACAGAACACUCCACACUCACAUCCCACUGUCUGUGGGAGAGCCUUGGGCCAUCUGUGAGGGACAGCACCACCUUUCCCAGAGGCUGCAGCUAUGGCUUAGCCCUUCUCUUUCAUCAGACAAAACAAAGGCUUUCCUUAACUUCACAGCACCUGCACAGGGCCUUUGCCUGCCUUUAAUCAUAGCCUCUAGUUAUCUGCUCUAACACAGCUAUGGGGAGGCUUUGUUGGUAAUGGCCCCACAGGGACCAAUAAAAGCUCCAGCACUUUCCAAUAUUUCUGGACAGCAUUUUGACUGCACCUUCAUCAUUUGGUUACAGCAGUCUUCUCUCAGUCCCUGAAGUUCAUGCACACCACAUACGCUGUGGGGCUCAUUAACAAUGCAGAAAGACCUAACGAGCCGUUUCCCUCAAGUCUUCAAGACCUGAACUGCUCACUAGGGAGGUCUCAGUGUUGUAGAGGUAGGUUUCAAGGAUCACUGUCCAAAAACGGAGAUGUCAUAUUUAAGGGUAUUUUUUAUUACAGCAGACACCAAGAUGUCGCUGAGUGCUGCACAACCUGUGUGACACAGAUGGCAACUCUGUCAGGGAGAGGGAGGUACACUGAGAUAGCAUUGUGAGGAUCCAGGAGGGAAAUGUAGUCAGUGAGAGCUGAUAAAAGGAUACUAACUGCAACAAAGACGGGAAUUAAUGCCAAUGGAGGAGAAAGAAACCUAUGCAAGAGGAAGGACGCAGAGAGCCUGUUGCUUGUGGCCAGUUGUGCGGUCAGUGCUGGUGCGGCUGGGUGUGUGGGAGGCAUGGGAGGGAGCUGAGUCCCCUCCAGGACCCAGGACUACAACCUCAGGAUAAGAUGCUUCAACGGAUUCUGCUGAAUCCCGUCCCCAUGGAAGUGUAAAGGACUGUCAUACAGAGCCAGGUUCCCUGCAUCCCAGGGCUGUGUGCUGAGGCAGGGACUCAGCCGCCAGCCAGGCUCUGUACUCAGCCUGCCUGGGGAGCUGCCCAGGUAGCUGUAGGGAGAUGUGUGGGGGGAAGGAGACCCCAGCAGCACAGGGGCGUUUUGCUCCUCAGGUUGAUGCAUGGGGCUGGGGGUUCAAAGCUGCACUGCAUGCUGAUGGCCUUUGCAUAGGCAAAGAGCACCAAAAAUAGGAGUUUCUGCCCCAUAGUCAACAGGGUGGUCCUGGCUGCCUUCUUGAGUCUGCCCAUUGGGCUACAUCAGGUUUCCAUACCUACAUUCAGAUUUUGGUAAAGCUCUCCUAAUCCUGAUGUUCAUUUUACUCUGCUGUGUCUAGGCUGUGUGCUGGAGCUGUACGUGGUUGUGGAUGGGAAUUCUCUAACAGUGAUGUUGGUGUUGUUUUAUGCACAGAAAAUGCCUCAAAGAAAUAUUCUGAACAAUCACACCACUGGACCUGGAUUUCUUCUGGGGUUUUCUGAUCCCCCUGGGAUGCAAGGUGUGUACUUCACCAUCUUGCUGCUCAUUUAUGCUGCAGUUAUCAUUGGGAACAGCCUGAUUGUGCUGGUUACAGUGCUGGACUUGAGCCUUCACAGCCCUAUGUAUUUCUUCCUGAGAAACUUGUCUUUCUUGGAGAUCUGCUACAUAUCAGCCACUCUCCCCAAAAUGCUGGUGUGUUUCCUGACGGGAGAUGUCCGGAUCUCCUUCCUUGGCUGUGCUGCCCAGCUUUAUUUCUUAGUUUUUCUGGGAAGCACUGAGUGCCUAUUGCUGGCCGCCAUGGCCUACGACCGCUAUGUGGCCAUAUGUGACCCCCUGCGCUACAGCCUGGUGAUGAAUGGUGGGUUCUGUGUCAGACUGGUGGUCGGCUCAUGGAUGGUUGCCAUACCAAUACAAAUGGGCCAGACCUACCAAGUGUUCACCUUGCCCUUCUGUGCAUCCCAUCACCUCCAUCAUUUUUUCUGCGAUGUUCCCCCUCUGUUGGAACUGGCCUGUGCAGAUACUUUCUGGAGCCGUGUGACCCUGAACACUAUCAUCCUGCUUUUUGCCAUCUUUCCUUUUUUCAUGAUCGUCGUUUCCUACGUUAGAAUUAUUGGGACGGUUCUGAAGAUGCAUUCUGCUCCAGGUAGACAUAAAGCCUUUUCCACCUGCUCCUCACACCUGAUAGUGCUGACUCUCUUUUAUGGCUCAGCCUCGGUUGUGUACUGCAAACACCACUCAAGCGACUCUGCAGACACUGACAAAUACCUUGCCCUGUUUUACACAAUUCUGACCCCCAUGUUUAACCCUGUCAUCUAUGGUAUGAGGAAUAGGGAAUUGAGGAUUGCCCUGAGAAAACUCCUAUGGCGAAAGUGAUAGUGCAGAGUGGGUGAAAUAUCCCCCAGUAGUUCCAAUCAGCAUUUGGCAGUUUGUGUGUUGGCAUCUGGUAUUGGCUCGGACACCUCCAGUUUUGCUGCACUGUCCCACAACCCACUGCAUCUUCCAGAAGGAUUCAAAGUUUAUGUAGUAUGGAGAAGGAUGUGUAGGGAUUCACUGUCACAUCAUCAUAGGGCAGGAAAUGAGGGAUCCCUGCUCCCCAGUUUUUUGAGGUUUCUACGUCAAUUUUGUCUUAGUUACCAUUUAAUACUGCGUAUUAUCCUUCCUAUGAUUGCUCUGUGCCUCAUUAAUGGUAUUCCAGUCAGAAUUCUGCAGGUUAAAGAAGAAGGAAUUCUCACAGUACCACAGUUGGAUACAGC